AUGAACGCGCAGUGUCUACGAACGUUAAAGCCAGCGCUACAGAGCGCUCCGUUGGCAUUGCGCCUUACAACACGGCGAGAGCUCGCUCGACACUAUGCGACUCAAACUGGUCCACGGCCAAAGCGGAGAAAUAUCACGGUCUUGUCAGACGAUGGUCGAUACGAAUGGGGUGAAUUGAGCGGGCGGGAGAAGGUGUCGCGAGCAACACAGCAGUCCAUCAACUUUGUUGUCGUGAUUGCUGGUGCUGUUUUGACGGACCUGGAAUGUUCUCAGGGCGGAGUAUUCUAUCUUUUCUGGACAGACGUGGUGUCUCCGAACAGCCGGACAUGGCAGUACGAGAAGGCCGUCGAGCGCGUCAAAGAAGAUCCCAGGUGUAUACAACUUUUGGGCGACCGCAGAGAGAUCAGAGCAUUCGGAGAAACAACAAACAGCCGCUGGGCACGAAAUAGGCCAAUUGCUUCCACUAUCGAGAAAGACCGGUUGGGCCGCGAGCAUCUUCGGAUGAACUUUAAUGUCGAGGGCCCAUUGAAUACCGGCGUCGUCUUCGUGCACCUGAUGAAACCAUUAGACAAGGAUGAGUGGGAAUAUCAGCUUUUGGCGCUGGAUGUGAAGGGACAUUCCCGAAUCAUCUUGGAGAAAGCCGCAGAAAAGCCCGGUGUGGCCAGUUCACUGAAGCUUUUUGGUAUUCAAUGGCGUUGA